CAGUGUAUGUUAUAGUUGAAUUGGAAUGACAGAGGAAAAUAACAUGAUUUCUGAGUGUAUCAUUGACAGCACAAAAUGCAUUAAAAGGGAGGAACGAGACUGGUGAUUCUGAUGAGUGGACUACGGUCAUAUUUGUCAGUGCAGAGACCCUGAAAGGACAUGAUUCUGGUACCAAGACAGAAGACACCACACCAAAGAGUAGACCUGGAGAAAGUAACUACGGCUCUGAGGGCUCGAUGGGGAGAUGUUCCAGAGUUGCUGCAGCGUGUCUGGGCCUGCUGUGCCUUCUACUACUGGUUGGGAUCAUGGUGCUGUUUGUCUACUAUAAUGGAGUCACUGUCCGUUUGGAGGAGAGGUUGUUAGUUUAUAGAACCAGCAACAACAACCUGACUGAACAGAGAGACGAGCUACAGGUCCAAAACAAAAACCUGGAUGAAGAAAAGGCCGAUCUAAAGAGAAGGUACAAUAUGCUGAAUCAAACCUGCCUUGAAGCAUGGAAGAAGUUUGGUUCCAGUUUGUACUACAUCUCUGACGGGACUGAAUCCUGGGAGGAGAGCAGACAGGACUGUCUAAAGAGAGGAGCAGACCUGGCGAUCAUAAACAACAGAGCGGAACAGGAAUUCAUCUGUACAUUUAAAAGGUUUUUCUGGAUUGGUCUGACUGACAGAGAGACAAAGGGGACUUGGAAAUGGGUGGACGGGACACUAAUGACCACAGGAUUCUGGUCUCCUGGUGAGCCAAAUGGUGCCUCUAUCGACUCUACUGAGGACUGUGCUGAGGUUAACACCUUCAAUGACCCAGAGAAAAACUGGAAUGAUCUCAGGUGUAGUGAACGGCGGCACUGGAUUUGCGAGAAAUUGGCUGAUCAGUAGCUCAACUUGGUACAUGCUUCAGAUAAACACGCACAAACACACCUACAUGUCACACACCACCUGUAAGACUGAAACAAUUCCCCAUGACAUUAUAAUCUCACUGAGCAAACAGUACCAACUGUUCUUGUCCAGACUAAACAUCUAUUCUAUUUGUGUUCACAUUGUACCAAACAUAUUAACCAUAUGUUUAUUUUUGUCAGAUCUGUCAUGUUUUUCCUGUAAUAUACCAAGACAAUCCCUAAUGUAUAAUAGAGCAUUACAUUAUUCUAUUUCAUUUAAAUACAUUCUAGUGACAAUCUAAAAAUAAUUUCCUGUCCCUGAAUAUUGAAAAAGAAAGCCUUUCAGGAAUUUUUAUGCAAUGAAAUACAUUCUGAAAAUGUACAAAUGAUGAGUGACAUAUUGUAUUUGUAACACCAUCUAUACUGUACAGCAUCUAUAGGUAUUUCUGAGGUCAAUAAAACAUGAUAUCAUUAGAUUACAACAAUUAGAUAUCAUGAUCAUAUGAUGAAUGUUGUUAUACAAUCCAUGUUGUUAUACUGUUUGUUUUAUAGCUCUUUUUAUAUCAAAGAAGCAGGCUCUGUAACAAACAGCCUAUAUUGAUAAAUGAAGCUGAGGAACCCUUAGACACACUCUCCUUUCUGACCAAUACUCGAAACCAGUUGCAAAAUGCCAGGCUUACUUCAAAUGCUAGGUCAGGAACCCCCCCCCCGUGGCCUCAUAGUGAAUCUAUUUUGGAGAAAGUAUGUGACACAAAACCAAGCACUGUAUCAAUAAACAUUUCUAUAUUCCUUCAAUGAGGAGUCGAAAA